CUGCCACUAUAUGAGGAAGAUCUCCCGCCGAGAGAGUAUGUCUUCGUUGAAGAAGAACCUCUGCCACUUCAGAGAGAGUUUGCCACUAUUCGAAAAUCAUUCCAAGCCGAGUAUAAUAGAGUCGCGGAACAGUUCCAGUUCGUGGACAAAACUGUUCAAAAGUCAAAAAAUGCAUUAAUAAAAACGAAAACAUACGUUGAUGAGGAAUGGACUGUGCUCCCCAAAGCUGCUGCUAUUACCGUCGGCGGUAUGGCAGGUUUCGUGUUGGGGUUGAAAAGAGGCUUCAUUGGUCGUACAUUCACGACCGCCGUUGGACUGGCGACAAUGACCGCAUUUCUGUUAUCCGUACGAAACGGUCGAUGUAGUUCGUACAGGAAUCGCUCACUUCUGAGAGUGCAUGGGAACAGUUUAGGAGCUGUGAGUUUCGAUUUUCUUUUUUUUUUCUGUGGUAUUCCAGUUCCUCCUCCAGUUCCAUUUCACUUGGUUCUUCUUAAAACUCAUAAUUAA